AUUCUCUACAUUAUAUUAUAAAAAUAAAGAUGAUUACACAACUGCUUGGCAUCUACUAUUCACUACUAAGUGAAAACGAAAAUGGUGUCACAAACAGUUGAACUCCUGAAGAAGGAGAUUCCUCUGGAGCAUGAGUCUGUUGUUUUAACUGAAGACACUGUGAAUGGUCUCGUUCUUGUGGACAUCAUAAAUGGCUUCUGCACAGUUGGUGCUGGAAAUCUGGCCCCAAGAGAAUCCAAUAGACAGAUUUCAGGGAUGAUAAAUGAAUCAGCAAGGCUAGCUAGACUUUUCUGUGAGAAGAAAUUGCCAAUUAUGGCGUUCUUGGAUUCUCACCAUCCUAACAAGCCAGAGGAUCCUUAUCCUCCUCACUGUAUUAUUGGGUCUGAUGAAUCAAAUUUGGUUCCAGCGCUAAGAUGGCUAGAGAACGAAACCAAUGUAACAAUCAGGCGUAAGGAUUGUUUCGAUGGAUAUUUGGGCUCAAUGGAAGAAGAUGGUUCUAACGUUUUUGUAGAUUGGAUUAAGAAGAAUAAGAUAAAAACUCUGGUGGUUGUAGGUGUGUGCACAGAUAUCUGUGUACUAGACUUUGUAUGCUCUACAAUGUCAGCUAAGAAUCGUGGUUUUCUGGAGCCUCUAGAAAAUGUGGUGGUUUAUUCACGUGGCUGUGCUACAUUUGAUAUCCCUCUGGAGAUAGCCAGAAAUACCAAAGGAGCUUUAGCUCAUCCUUAGGAGUUUAUGCAUCACGUGGGCCUGUACAUGGCCAAAGAACGGGGAGCCAAGAUAGCAAAUGAUGUGUUUUUUGGUGCAGCAGAGAAGGUAUAGCUAUGUUGCGUGGGACAUCUGAAUAACAUCUCCAUGAUGUUAUAUAAGGAUGAUGGGGAGAUGAUUUAAUAAGGUGCAAAUGUUCGUGUGGUGGUGACCCCCAUCUCAUCGUAUGUAAACUAUAUGCUAUAGAUUUAAUCCCUCCCUCCCCCAACGCUUUAAUUCUGACACCGAGUUGAAAUCUGAUUUGAGGAAGGAACGAAAUUUGAAUUCUAAUUAAGAGUGACUUUUAUAUAAGCAGCAAUGAUAGUAAUUAUUGAACUAAACUCAAAAUUAUCAAACUGUUUUUUAUUAGUAAGGAAACGUAACAAAGAUAAACUACAAACUUGUUUUAUGGAAAUAGAAAUUAAUAGUUAUUUUAAGGAUAAUCUAUUACGUGUCUAGAUAAUGUUUUAUAACCACUUGUUCCUUCCCCCGGAUGAGGGCUUAAAUUGUUGAGGAAAGGCUUCUCUUGCAUAUCAUUACGAAAUAUUUAGGGUCUAUUUAAUUGUGUUUUCAGUUAUUUAUUUUCAAAAAAUAUUGUUUGACGAUCAAGUUUUGCAGAACAGUUUUUAAUACGUCUUGUCUUCAACUACAAAUCUGAAGCCAAUUCCCUUUUUUGCUUUAACAUAUAAAUGAUUUUGAAGUGAAAAAACUUGUUCCUUUUCCAAAAGGUUCAUUUUUGACGUUCUUGUUUCUACAUAUUGUACACCCAAAGAGUUCGUAGUUUGGGGGUUUUGGGCUCGAUUGUCACGGAUUAAGAAUUUUUGAAUUUUUAGAAAUGCUUCUGGGUGUAACAUGGGUGAUGAGGGUGAUAAUGGAAUACAUUGCAAUUAU